CAAGUCAAACCCAAUGCGACUAUUUUGGCAGGUAAAGUCCACCCGAACACUCCCUUCCUUCCUUUUCAUCAGCUUUGAUCCUGAUCUCUCUGGAGGUUACGCCAAGAGGAGAAGCAAUAAAACAGUCGUGUGGGAAGCUCAGUGAAUGCGGCUGCAGAAGGAGCCAGCAUACUUAUGCGCCUGACACGGAUACUGUUCUGUCUUUACAGGAGGGGGGGAACACAAGCUCGCUCUCCUCCUCAUCAACUCCCCUCCGUUUUCCUCGACCUGGAUAUUCUUUUCGAAAGGUGGGACGCACUGAAAAUCCCCACAUCUUGCUCAUCAAGUUUAUUUUGAUAUUUUUUCCUCUCUGGGCCGAUGGAAGCGGGAGAGAGCGCGGACUUUCUAGCUCCUCACUUGCACCACAGCGGACUAAAGGCUGAAUAACUGCAUUAUUCAUUUUUACGCACCGGUUUCUGUUGUCCUGACUCUUGUUUCUCUGUGCUUUUUUCUUUUUUUCCCCCCUUUUUUCAAGGAGCUUGAAUAUCCCCCCCCCCCUUUUUUUUUGUUUUUUUGUAAAUUUCCUCCGGUUGGAUGAGACUGAAAUAAUCUCUCCUGCUUUCGUCUGCAAACAAACACAAGAGAAAUGAACUGUUUUUGCACAAUGAAUGGAUUUAUGGUGCCUGGAUGGAGACUGAUACACCGAUGCAAGUAACCUGAUGGGAGCGUUUUGGCUGAUUUUGCCCUCUGAAGCGUUUAUCCCGGUGCGCAACUUCGCUUGAAACAAACCAGUAUUUAUUCAUUGGAUCGUGGGGGGUUGCUGAGCCGAGCUGAAGCGAGACGCACAGUGCUGGCCAUCCUUCUCUCCCUCUCCCCCAUUUUCUCCACUCCUCUUCCACAUCCAGUCCCCCCCCCCCCCCCCCCACCCCACUCUGAUUAAAAAAAGAAAAAAAAAAAGACAACAAGAAUGACGGACUUAUUUGACCGCAUCACCGUCCGCCUUGUGCGUUUUUUCACGCCUUGGAGUCACCGGACGCGCCGUCAAGAUCUCUAAAAAGCCUCUCCCUUUCUCUCCCCUCUCUCUUUCUUUCUGUCAUCCUCCAUCUCUCUCUCUCUCUCUCUCUCUCGCUCUCCCUCUCUGUCUCUCUCUAUUUCUAUCUCUCCUGCAACCAAAUGAAUGCUCUCCCAUGGAGGUAGUACAACCACCGUGGGGACCGAACGACCAGAGGGGUGAUUUUUCCAAGCAAGAGGAGCCCGUCAGCAAGAGACGCAUCGGGUGAAAUCGGACGCUCCCCCCCACCCCAACCCCCUCCCCUUCCUCACCCCUCCACGCCCCCCAACCCCCCUCCAAACCCCUCUCCUUCCUCUGUCCCCCCCCACCACCACCACCACCACCACACUUCCAGUUUGCUUGGCUCCGGUUGAUCCACAGAAGCCUACAUGGAGAUAUAAAGUGGGGGGGCUGGAGAAACCUUGUUGCGCCCCCGAUAACUGUCUACUUCAGCCGGGAGGACUGUUUGCGCACGUCUCCAUCCAUGUCUCACCAAUGCUGCCCCGCGUCUCCAGAGGGAGCCGCAUUCAUUACCACCACAGCUUUUGGUUACUAAAUGGUUUUCUGGGGGAGGAUUUCUAACCGGCGAGAUGCUGCUCGUACUCGUGCUGGCAGCCUUUUCUUCCUCCAUCUCCGGCUCCCUCUCCUCCUCCCUCUCCUCCCCUUCCAUGUCGGACGGACCCCCGAUGGCAGAUCCGUCCGCCUCGGACUUGAUGGCCGAGACCUGCAUCGCCUGCUCCUGCAUGUCGGUGGAAAACGUGCUGUAUGUCAACUGCGAGAAGAUCACAGUCUAUCGACCCACGCAGCUCAUCCCUCCGGCCUCGUCUUUAUACCACCUGAACUUUCAGAACAACUUCUUAAUCAUACUCUACCCAAACUCAUUCCUCAACUUCACCCACGCUGUGUCACUGCAGCUAGGGAACAAUAAACUGCAGAACAUUGAAGGUGGAGCGUUCAUGGGGAUGAGUGCAUUGAAGCAGCUGCACCUGAACAAUAAUGAGUUAAAGGUGCUGCGAGCUGACACUUUCCAAGGAAUAGAAAACUUGGAAUACCUUCAGGCUGACUACAACUUAAUAAAAUACAUUGAAAAGGGAGCAUUUAACAAACUGCACAAGCUAAAAGUGCUGAUCCUGAAUGAUAAUCUCAUACAGGCACUUCCUGACAACAUAUUUCGCUUUGCCUCACUGACACAUCUGGAUAUAAGGGGGAACCGGAUCCAGAAACUUCCUUAUUUGGGGGUUCUGGAGCAUAUCGGGCGCAUUGUAGAGCUGCAGCUGGAUGACAACCCCUGGAACUGUACCUGUGAUUUAGCACCUCUCAAGGCAUGGCUUGAAAACAUGCCCUAUAACAUUUUUAUCGGCGAGGCCAUAUGUGAAACACCAAGUGACUUGUACGGGAGGCUCCUGAAAGAAACCAACAAACAGGAGCUUUGUCCGAUGGGAACGGGAAGUGAAUUCGAUGUUAGAAUGCCGCCACCUGAUAAUGGACAGUUUCCCUCUAAAAUGUCUCCAACCACUGUGGCUCCCAUAGCCACAAAAUCGCCAAAAACCACUGACUCAUCCAAGAUUUAUGGUAAUGGUAUUGUGGCUGGUUUACCACCCUUCGGAAGAAAUACCCAGAUUGUUUCCUUUCAGACUCGGACCCCUCCGUUACUGUGUCCACAGCCAUGCAGCUGUAAAGCCCACCCCUCUGACUUUGGCAUUAGUGUCAGCUGUCAGGAGAGGAAUAUUAAAAAUUUAGCUGAUCUCAUUCCCAAACCCCCAAAUGCCAAGAAACUUCACCUGAGUGGGAAUUACAUCCGUGAUAUCAGUCCGAUUGACUUCCAGGGGUUUGAAGGCUUAGAUUUGCUACAUCUUGGCAGCAAUCAGAUUGUCACAGUGCAGAAAGGUGUGUUUGCUAACCUCACUAAUCUGAGAAGACUGUAUUUGAACGGAAACCAGCUGGAACAGUUACACCCAGAGAUGUUUUUGGGCCUCACAAACCUACAGUACCUAUAUUUGGAAUACAAUGCCAUAAAAGAAAUCUUAGCAGGCACCUUUGACUCUAUGCCGAACCUACAGCUCCUGUAUCUCAACAACAAUGUUCUGCGGAGUCUCCCCGCCUACGUCUUUGCGGGUGUCUCUUUAGCCAGAUUGAAUCUGAAAAACAACCACUUCAUGACCCUGCCAGUGAGUGGUGUCUUGGACCAGCUGCGGUCAUUGACCCAAAUAGACCUGGAAGGGAACCCGUGGGAGUGUUCCUGCGAUCUGGUCGCCCUCAAACUCUGGCUACAGAAACUAAGUGAUGGAGUGGCUGCCAAAGAGGUGAAAUGUGCCUCCCCUGUGCAGUUCUCCAACAUUGAGCUGCGCCUCUUAAAAAAUGAGAUCCUCUGUCCUAAGCUUGCGAGGCCGCCAUUUAUUCAAACUAGCGCCACCCCCAUUUUGACCUCAGUGUCACCUGCCGGAGUUGGCAAAGCACCACCGGGAGGGCCAGUGCCUCUCUCGAUUAUGAUCCUCAGCAUCCUCGUAGUGCUUAUCCUUACAGUGUUUGUGGCCUUCUGCCUUUUAGUGUUCGUCCUGAGGCGAAAUAAGAAACCAGUGGGCCGGCAGGAGGGGCUUGGAAAUCAGGAGUGCGGCUCCAUGUCGCUGCAGCUCCGGCGCCACAGCCACAAAUCUGGCAAGAAAGGCUCCAUCCCAGGGGACGACUUGGGAGGCGAGACGUUCAUCCCUCAGACCAUCGAGCACAUUGGCAAGAGCCACACCUGUGGGAUCGGACGCUCCUCGGACAUGGACGCCGGCUUCAAGUUUGCAGACUCGCAGAGGCAGAAGAUCAUCCUCCGGAACAGCGCUGACAAGGAUAAAGACUCGCUUUCCACCCUGGAGCGAAACAAACGCCUAAGCACCAUUGACGAACUCGAGGAGUUCCUCCCCCACCGAGAACCCAGCAUGUUCAUCCACAACUUCCUGGACAGCAAAAGAGAUUUCAACAGUAUAGGGAUGGGCGGGUAUGAAAUCCGCUACCCGGAGAAAACACUGGAUAAAAAGAUGAAGAAGUCGUCCCUGAUAGGUGGGAACCACAGUAAGAUCGUGGUGGAGCAGAGAAAAAGUGAGUAUUACGAGUUGAAAGCCAAGCUCCAAGGAACGCCUGAUUACCUGCAGGUGCUCGAGGAGCAGACUGCACUGAGUAAGAUGUAGGGAUUGUUUUGUUUGAUUUUGUGCAUUGAUUACACACAUACACAUGGAGGUCAGACACACAUACAGGCAGACGGACAGCCAAACACAUCUGCCUUUCUCUGGUUCCUUGUGUCCCUCUAGAAACACAAACACACUAACAUACAUCGCUCUGAUCUCGCCCUCUGUCUUCAUCUCUCUGCGACCACACAAACACACACACAAAGCAAAAAAAAAGUGCCUUCUGGAAAAUCCUUAAUGACCAAUGCAGAGAUGGACAAAAUGGCUCCAACUACAAAGCUAUUAGUAGAAUCAGCGUGGAUGUAUUUCACAGUAAAAGACCUUUUGGAUUAUCCAUGCCACCAUAUGUACGAAUCCCGCAAACAUACCACAGGACACCCUAAAAAACAACCAGACAGUCAUAGUGUUUUUGCUGCUAUUGAAAUGGGUACUUAUCUUUUUUUUGUUGUUGUUGUUCUUGUUGUUAUUUUUCUCCUCUUUUUUUUUUCCCAACCAAAUCAAAGGGUCUUGAAAACAGUGCUUGAGAAAAUACCUCGCCGGCUUCAGCCCCUGUUUUCAUUAAAAAAUGAGAAAAAAGAACAAGGAGGGAGCGUUUGGUUGUUGUUCUUUUGCUCUGGAAAGUAUCCAAAAUUGCUACUUCUGGGAUGAGAUUAACAGAAUCAGUGACUCAAUGGAUGCUACUCAUUUUUUUUUUUUUAUUAUAUAUUUUUUUUUAAUUGUGGGAAUGUCUGUUUGUUCUUGCGGAUGCUCUCUGGAGUCGGCUGCAGACUCUCUGCCAUCUUGUCUGGAUUACACACCAGUAGCAGUACACCUGCUUUUUGCCGGGAGGCUAAACAGCUCCUGUUUUUCCAUUCAUGGGAAUUAGCGGCACUGCGAAACUCUUUUGGGGAAUGAUUUCAUGACUUGUUUUCUUUGUGUAAAGAGCCAUGUUAAAUAUAGUGUCUUCUGAAUGGAGUUGUGUUUCUCUUUAAAAUUGCUACUUACAGUAACUGUAUGUUUUGGGUGAAAUCUAACGGCACAUACACUGUCAGAGGACGUUGUUUCUGAAAAAUGAAAAAAAAAACAUCAAAAAAACCCCAAGAAUAAAAAAAAAAAAAAAAGAAAAAAAAAUUACAAAGCUGCUUGCCAUGUAAGCGUAACCUGGAAUUUAUUUUGUAAGUCUUACAUUAUUUGUAUCUGUGGGACUGGUUUGUAAAUUACAAGGAAAGACAAACAUCUACACAGGAACACACACUCAUACUGCAUCAUCAUCAAGAGACUACAAGCCAGAAUUGUCAAACGAACCGCUAAUAUAAUUCAAUCGGUGAUUCACCUCCCCUUGUCAGCUCUGAAUUCGUAGUAAAAAGAAAUUUAACAAUAUAGUUAAUUUAUUUUUCUAUGCAGGAUUAUUUAAAGAGUUACUGGUAUUAUUUAAAAAAAAAAAAAAAUACACAAAGAGCGGAAUGGACUUGAUAGGACGAUGCAUCAGAGCUAAUUCAGGCCACCAGAAGUGACUGUGGAGUCGAUUCAAGGGGUUUCUGUUUCUCUCAGUUUGCUGAGGAACUUGACCGGCCCCACGAAGGGUUGUGAAAUGUGAUCUGUGAUGUUUCCUUUUUAUUGUGUCGCACGACGAGCUGAGGCCUGAUAGAGUCUGUGAAGUUUCAAGCAGUUUCCUUAUUCUUAUAUCUCCCACAGUAUCUUGUAAAAGGUUUCUUAUUAACAUUAUGCAACCAAAAUAAAUGUGCAUUAAACUCGAUAUGCUUCUGGGAAAUUGUUGGGAUUUGGGAAAAGCAGGCAUUUCAGAGGGGCAGGGAACAAAUUGAGGCUCUAAAUUGUUAGAUCAGGACAGAAUCGUAUCGUAAAACACCAUGUGCAAUAUUAGUACAAAUGCUCAGUCAUGAUGGCUUCAAAUAAUUUUGUUUAAUUUAUUUAGUUUGAGGUUAUAUUGUCAAGACAGGUUCUAUUUCAAAAUUCUUUUAUCAACUUAACUCUAUCCGGUCCUUAUUUAAAAAAGUAUUGUUAAGUUAAAAUUAUGAGUGUUUAUUGACAUUACAAAUGAAUAGAAUGUAUCUUGGAAAGUAUAAUAAAUACAAUUUUCUAUCGGUCAUAAAUCUCCUGUAUAUUGGUUAAUUUUCUCUUGUAUAAUCAUGUUGAAAUCAAGGUAUUAAAAUCAGCACCUAUUUGCA